UGGUAUCUGAACCAUCUCGGCAACGUUCAAGGUCAGGUCGCCCUGUCCAUGUACGAGUGGACGGGGCGGGAGCGAACUCCAGGUGUUGGAUUGUUUGUGAAUGGAACCCACUGUGUCCAUUCACGAUCAGCUCGCAUUGUGACGUGGGUGGGGCGGAGGCGGAAAUGCGGAUAGUCCCGGGACACGCUGGCUUCGGGCGUUCAUAGUGCGCUACCGUGCUGCUCGAAACCUUAGCACAGUUUAACCACACUGCAAUCUGCAACGCGAGUAACUUUGCAGGACGGCAAAAUAAAAAAUAAUCGGAAUUUGUACGGGUAAUCAAUCUCUUUAUCGAUUGCUGGUUCACUUAGGAAAAGAGGGAAACAUUUUGCAUUGAAUUUUCAAUUCUCCUCAUCCCGUUUGCAAUCUGGUUUCACCAACAACUCACGUGGUGCAAAAGUAAACAGCCUUGAAGGAUAGGAUAAACUGCAUUUAUGGUUUGAUUGUUUAUAAAGUGUUUGCAACAGUUGUACACCACGUGUUUGUCGGAUUGUACAAGGGACAGCCGCGGAAUGACAAGAGUAGAUUGCAUCCUUUAAAGCGUGAUUUAUAUAUCACAUAAAACGACAAGAGGAAUCUGCAAGGGACUGAUUGACUGGUCCGGGCGUAAUGUCUGCAAUUGCAUACAUCGAUUACCUUGCCGCCGAGUGCCUGAUUUCUAUUUCCAGCCGCCCUGUGGUGCACCAGUCUGCUGGGCAGGGCUUGGCCGGAGAGGAGAGGAGAGAAGUCCGGGAGGGCUGUGGUUCCCUCCUGGGCAUGGCCAGGAUCCUGGCGGACCUGAGCAAGUGCAAUCCGCUGUCACCGGUGGGAUCCAGCCACGAUUCCUGCGCUCGGGAAGCGCAUUUUAUGCCCGCAAUUCCGUUCUGUGGCGCAACGGGCCAAGUGAAAGGUUUCUCCAGCCAACGGCACGAAUGUCCGUACAGUGGAUGCGCCAAAGUCUAUGGAAAAUCUUCCCACUUAAAGGCGCACUUGAGAGCGCACACAGGAGAGAGACCCUUUCCUUGUACGUGGUCCGGUUGCUGUAAAAAGUUUUCCCGUUCCGAUGAGCUAACACGGCACUACAGAACCCACACCGGCGAGAAGAAGUUCAAGUGCCCCUUGUGCGAGAAAUGUUUCAUGAGGAGCGACCACUUGACCAAACACGCCAGGCGGCACCCUGACUUCCAGUCCGGCAUGCUACAGAGAGCACGGAGGGGCACCGUCUCCUCCCUGGCUACAGUCCUCCAACCAGCAAGAUGCUGCUCGACACGCUGAGUUUCUCCAGUAGAUUGUUUGUUACUCCAGAUUCCAUCCUCUGCAGCCUUGUGUACCCAAGGAUCUUUCGAUGUUCUGCUUCCGGGCCACACGGCUUAUUUGCCUGCGACAGCUAAUUUCAAAGCAAAUAAUUUUAGAGACAGUUCUCCAGUCUCAGUCCAUCGAAGAGACGGACAGUUGCGAUACCCUCCAGAGGGAGCUGUACUGCAGUUUAAUUCCGAAUCAGUGCAAGCACCAGUGGAAAAGUCCACUGCAAGCCUGUGAGCAAAUCAACUACAUGAUGGAUUGAAGGAUAGAGCAUAGUAACAGGCUUUUCAGCUCACUACGCCCAUGGUGACCAUCGAUCACCCUUUCAUACUAGUUCUAUAUUAUUCCACGUUCACAUCCAUUCCCUACACUAUGAACAAUUUACAGAGGCCAAAUAACCUACAAACCUGCACGUCUUGAUGUGGGAGGAAACCGAAGCACCAAGAGGAAACACACACAGUCACAGGGAGAAUGUACAAACUCCAAACAGACAGCACCUGAGGUCAGGAUUGAACUCGGGUCUCUGGUGCUGUGCGGUAGCAGCUCUACCAUAUAAGAUGAGUAAUGUACAUUUGUCAUGAAUUUCAAAAUCCAGUUUGUUUUAAUUUUUAAUUAAACUUUCCAGUAUUGACCAG